UUUCUCUUCUAAUAUAUUUUCCAUUUCUUUCUUGGCGUGCUAUUUGUUUUGUUCUGUUUUCUCUCUCUUUCAAGGUUCCUUCUUCGCGAUCGAUCAAAAUCAACUUCACGGAUCUCUCUUUAUCGAUUUAUCAUCUCUAUUCGCAUCAGAUGACAAUGCAGGAAGCUAGUCCUGCUGCUUCUGCUAUUCCGAGUGCCCAAGUUGUGGGUAACGCCUUUGUUGACCAGUACUAUCAUAUUCUUCACCAAUCUCCAGAACUUGUUUUUAAGUUUUAUCAAGAUUCUAGCAUUUUGAGCAGACCAGAUGCUAAUGGCGGAAUGACUACAGUGACAACAGUAAAAGCAAUCAAUGAGAAGAUUCUGUCCUUGAACUAUGGAAACUAUACGGCAGAGAUUAAAAAUGCAGAUUCCCAAGAUUCUCAUCAAAGCGGAGUUAUUGUUCUGGUUACAGGUUACUUGACUGGGAAGGAGAAUGGGAAACGGAAGUUUGCUCAGAGUUUCUUCCUAGCCCCACAAGAAAAGGGCUACUUUGUUCUUAAUGACGUUUUUAGGUAUGUUGAUGAAACCGAAGAGUUGGAAGCUGGUUCUACAUCGGGUAGGGCUAUUGACAACAGUGUUGAAGUGCCUCCUGUAACUCCUGAUCAAGAAAUCAUACCUGUGGCAGACCAUACAGGAGAUGAACAUGCAACCAACCUUGAGGUUCAGGAAAUUAAUAAUGAUACAGAAGUUUAUCAUCCUUCAGAUCAUGACGAAGGAUCAGUUAUUGAUGAUGAAGUUAUUGUUGAGCCUUCAACACAAUUUGAUCAGAAUGAAAGUGAUUUAGUGAACAGUUCAGAUCUCUUGGCACAAGAAGAAAAAAAGUCAUAUGCAUCAAUUGUCAAGGUAACUAAAGUUCAUAAAGCACCAGCACCAGUUUAUAAACCGACCAAUAAAGUGAGGGCGGUGCCUUCAAAUACAAAUCAACGGUCUCUUAGUCCUGUCAAAGCUUCUCCUGAUCCAGAAUCAGUUGCUCCCAUUGAUGACAAAGUUCCAGAAAACAUUACUUCUCAAGAGGAGGAAGUUGAAGGGCACUCUAUAUACGUACGGAAUUUGCCUCUAAAUGCAACCGUUCCAAUGCUUGACGAGGAGUUCAAACAAUUUGGUCCUAUCAAACGUGGCGGUAUUCAAGUCCGAAGUAACCAGGUUCAGGGAUUCUGCUUUGGCUUUGUUGAAUUUGAAGCAUUGGAAUCCAUGCAAAAUGCCAUAAAGGCUUCACCUCUGACAAUUGGCAACCGCAAAUCAGUUGUUGAGGAGAAGAAGACUACUACACGAGUUAAUAGCAGUCCGAGAGGAAGGUACCUUUCGGCCAGAGGUGGAUUCAGAGGUACUCGUGGAAACUUUGGUGGGGGGCGUAGAGGAUUUGGAGGUAGGAAUGAUUAUAGAAACCAAGGAUCGAGAGGUGGUGGUGGUGGUACAAGAAGGAAUGUAGAAGGUGGCGGUUACCAAAGGGUUGAACAGAAAAACGAAACAACUGGUGGUGGUGGCGGUGGCGGCGAUGGGGCAGAUAAUAAGAGCGUUGCUGCUGCUGCAGUUUCGGCUUGAUGUUUUUUUGUUUCGACAAGUAAUCCUCUCUAUUCUUGUGAUUGCAUUAUUUUUUGGAAGAGAAAAAAAGUCUAUAUUUUUGCUUUCUAAUGGUAAUAGUAGUUAGGAUUUGGUACUCUACUUACUAAUUUUGACACGACGAUUAUCGGUUCAGAAAUUUGUCAUUUUGGUGCUAUGUAGAAAAUUAGGUCGCCGUUUCCUUAAAAGAGUUGACAAUCCACAGUUUGUGGGUGUGGAUGUUUCUCCCAUUUUAUGUUAUCAGAUUCAAUUCUAUUUUA